AUGUCUCGACUUUUGUACGCACUCGGUGCACUGGCCAUGGGCCAGUCUGCUCUGGCAGCUCCCCAGCUAUCCCCGCGUGCUGGAACCUUGGACUCUUGGCUGUCAGCGGAGACAAGUUUCUCUCUGAAUGGCAUCCUCGCCAACGUUGGCUCAAGUGGUGCUUACUCGAAGAGCGCCGGCAGCGGUAUUGUGAUUGCCAGCCCCAGCACGGCCAGCCCAGACUAUUACUACACCUGGACUCGUGAUGCUGCGCUCACUAUGAAGGCUCUUGUGGACCUUUUUCGCAAUGGAAACUCGGGACUUCAGACCGUCAUCGAGCAGUACAUCAACGCCCAGGCCAAGCUUCAAACUGUGAACAACCCUUCGGGAGGUCUCUCCGACGGCUCUGGUCUCGGCGAGCCCAAAUUCAAUGUGGAUGGCAGUGCGUUCACUGGCAAUUGGGGCCGUCCCCAGCGUGAUGGUCCUGCUCUGCGGGCCAUCGCUCUGAUCGACUUUGGAAACUGGCUGAUCGACAAUGGAUACAAGAGUUAUGCUGUGAACAAUGUCUGGCCCAUUGUCCACAACGACUUGUCCUAUGUUGCCCAGUACUGGAGUCAGUCCGGCUUUGAUCUCUGGGAGGAGGUCAACAGCAUGUCUUUCUUCACUGUGGCCAACCAGCACCGCUCAUUGGUCGAGGGUAGUGCUUUCGCUAGCCGUGUCGGUUCCUCUUGCUCUGGAUGCGACUCGCAAGCGCCCCAGAUUCUCUGCUAUAUGCAGAGCUUCUGGACCGGCUCAUACAUCAAUGCCAAUACCGGUGGCGGCCGUUCUGGCAAGGACUCCAACACUAUUCUCGCCAGUAUCCACACCUUUGACCCUGCGGCCACUUGUGACGAUGUCACUUUCCAGCCAUGCUCUUCCCGCGCCCUUGCCAACCACAAGGUUUACACCGACUCUUUCCGUCCCGUGUACUCUCUGAACUCUGGCAUUGCUCAGGGUAAGGCCGUUUCGGUUGGUCGCUACCCCGAGGAUUCUUACUAUGGUGGCAACCCUUGGUUCUUGUCCAACCUCGCUGCCGCAGAGCAACUGUAUGACGCCAUCUACCAGUGGAACAAGAUCGGUUCCAUCACCAUUACCAGCACUUCCUUGGCCUUCUUCAAGGAUGUCUACUCCUCCGCCGCCACCGGUACUUACGCCUCUGGCAGCACCACCUUCAAUGCUAUCAUCAGCGCUGUCAAAACCUAUGCCGACGGCUAUGUCAGCAUCGUUCAGACCCACGCCUACGCCAAUGGUUCUCUCUCCGAGCAGUUUGACCGAAACUCUGGUGUUCCGAUUUCCGCUCGUGACCUCACCUGGUCCUACGCUGCUCUUCUGACUGCCAACGACCGCCGCAACGGAGUUGUUCCUCCUUCCUGGGGUGCUAGCUCCGCCAACAGCGUCCCCGGCUCUUGCUCUAUGGGCUCUGCCACUGGUUCCUACGCCACUCCCGCCGUCGGCUCCUGGCCCGCUACUUUGACCAGCGGAACUGCUGCUCCUCCUUCCACCACCACCACUACCAAGCCCCCUACCACGACUACUACCUCCUCGGGCUCUUGCACCACCCCGACUUCCGUUGCUGUGACCUUUGAUGAGACUGCGACCACCACCUUCGGUGAGAAUGUCUUCCUGGUCGGUUCCAUCCCUCAGCUCGGUAACUGGAACACCGCCAAUGGUAUCGCUCUGAGCGCCAGCAAGUACACCUCCAGCAACCCUCUGUGGUAUGUCACCGUCGACUUGCCCGCCGGUACCACCUUCCAGUACAAAUACAUCCGCAAGGAGACCGACGGCUCCAUCAAGUGGGAGAGCGACCCUAACCGCUCCUACACUGUCCCCGCCAAGUGCGGUACUACCACUGCCACCGAGAACGACAGCUGGCGCUAA